AUGUCUACCCUAUCCGCUACGGCAGAGUCGGUUGACGAAGCCGCCCCUAACUCGGACGAGUUUCAAACCGCAGAUCGCAAGAAGAAGCGGUCAGCCAACGGCGGUCCUCCCGCAAAAGGCCCAAUCAAGCCUUCCAACCUCUACCUAAAAGGGAUUUAUUUAUGCUUCCUAAUUACUGUCCAACCUGUGACCUCUGAGACCUGA